GGCACGUUUUCAGAGCCCUAUUGUUGUAUUUAGUCUUUGGGAUAUGUAUUGUUACUCUUUAACACUACCAGAGUGAAAUUUGUCGGUGAUGAUAAGCCUGGGUCAUGCCAUUCAGUUAUAUUGUGUAGGCUAGCUAACUGUAAUAAAAUAUUUUUAUAACCUCAGUAAAAGUAAUGAAUCAAGAUACCCCUUUUGAAGAAAGUAAUUGGGUACUGUACAAAGAUCGGCCAUCAUGGAGAGAUAUUGAGCCUCUGUCACAAAAUGAUGGGAGUUCUGCGAUUGUCCAAAUAGCAUAUUCUGAAAAAUUUAGAGAUGUCUUUGACUACUUUAGAGCUGUUCUGUUCAAAGAUGAAAAGAGUGAAAGAUCUUUCAAGUUGACUGAAGAUGCCAUUUCUUUAAAUCCUUCAAAUUAUACAGUCUGGUACUUCAGAAGGGUUCUUCUUCAAGCUCUGAAGAAGGAUUUACAUAAGGAAUUAAUCUAUGUUCAAUCUAUCAUUGAAGAUAAUCCAAAAAAUUACCAAGUGUGGCACCAUCGUCAAGUUAUUGUUGAUUGGCUACGUGACACUAGUGAAGAGAAACAGUUGACUGAGGCUGUGCUGAAAGUAGAUCCAAAGAACUAUCAUGCUUGGCAGCAUAGGCAGUGGGUUCUGGAAGAAUUUGGUAUUUGGGAAGGUGAAAUAGAAUUUGUUGAACAAUUGUUGGAAGAUGACAUUCGUAACAAUUCAGCAUGGAAUCACCGUUGGUUUUGUAUUUCUCGUACCAGCUCUGGAGAGCUAAUGGAAGAUGUACUCAUGAAAGAGUUAAAGUAUGUAUUGGACUGUAUUAAAAAAGUUCCAUCUAAUGAAAGUUCAUGGAAUUAUCUUCAUGGUAUUUUGGAAGAGAGAGGCUUGACCAAAUAUCCUUUCAUUUGGGAAUUUUGUGAAGAACUUUACUCUGAAGGAUGCAGAUCACCUUAUCUUUUGGCAUUCAUGGUGGACUAUUUGGAGGCUAAGGGGGAAGAAAGCUCUGAUAAUCUUUUAUCAGUUCAAAGAGCCAUUGAGAUUUGUAAUGCAUUAGCUAUACAACAUGAUAAGAUCCGAGCAGAGUACUGGAAGUUCAUGGCACGAAACCUUGGUAAGAAGUACGAAGCAAGCCCGAAUUGUUCUGACUGAGUCAAGAUGUGUAUUUUAGCAGCACAUUUCACAUGUGGAUCUAUCUAGAAAAGUCUGAUGGUUGCUUCAGAUGUACUCAUUGAUUUUUAAUUCAUUCCUACAAAGACUUAAUUGUGAAUCAAGUUUUUGGUGAAGCUUACAUUAAUUCUUAAAAUAUAAAAAUAUAUAUAUCAGGUUAAAAAACUUGAAAAUAAUGUAAUAUUCAUAGAAAACAAAUAGCCCCUCCCCCCUUUUUUUCUACACUCCCAAAUAACAUACCAUAGGAUUUUGUAUGGCAUCUUCACAAGAAAAUUAUUGUUUCUAAAAACUACCAGUUUUAAGGGAGGGAGAUUUGCAUGUUACAUAUUCUCAGUUAGUGAUGUGAUGACUCAACUCUGCCUGACAAGUGUGACCAACCAUACCUCACUAUUACAUUGCAUUGCCCCUUUGGACCAACCCCAUUUCUAGAAAGUUUAAACAUAGUAUUACUUAUUAUAAUUCUGAAUUUACUAUAUGAAUUUUCACUAAAUAUGGCAAGUUUUAGUAAACAUUAAAAGUCUUGUACACAAAAAAUCAGAUUUUUAGUAAAGUAUUUCUGCUACAGAUUUUUCUGUGAAUUUAUAAAGACUUUAGUGACACAGACUCUUGACUAUUCUGAGUGUAAGGUGAUAUUCAUGUUACGAAUACAAAUACUGUUUUUAUUUUAUCUUACAGGUUUCAUAUUUCAUUUUCAUAACUGCUAGAAAUCCUAAAUGAAUAUCAACUUGUUUUGGUAAAACUUUAUCUGUUAUUUUUCUCUACUCUAACACUAACUCUAUCAAAAUCAUCAUGUACAAUGAAAUUUCAAUUUGGAAAAUACGAAAUAAACUGAACAUGCCUUUUUUCUUUUUUA